AUAAGCUGUGAAGUAGAUGGUUGGCAGCGAGGGAUCGAUUGUUGGAGCGCGUGGCAAAGUGUGGGGAGGUUAGAUUUUUGGGAGAAACACCGUCGCAUCUUUUCAGCACCGGGAGAAAAGAAGACAGGGACGGAUCCAAAAUUGACUUUUUCUAUUGCCUUUUGUUUACUUCGCGCGUGUAAUUUUUUUUCUUUUUUUAAUUACAACCGAGCUGCUUUCGAAAGACACUGAAGUAAACGAGAAAACAAGCACUAAAAGAAAAAUCAAUGAAGGAAAGAAGAACAAGUCAGAAACUGUCAAGUAAAGCGGGAAUGGAUCCUAAUCAGAGUGUGAAAUGUAAAAUUGUCGUGGUGGGAGACAGUCAGUGUGGAAAAACUGCUCUGCUUCACGUUUUUGCAAAAGACUGUUUUCCAGAGAAUUAUGUCCCGACGGUGUUUGAAAAUUACACAGCGAGUUUCGAAAUCGACACCCAGAGAAUUGAGCUGAGUCUCUGGGACACUUCAGGCUCCCCUUACUAUGACAACGUAAGACCCCUUUCCUACCCAGACUCUGAUGCGGUACUCAUCUGCUUCGAUAUAAGCCGACCAGAAACCCUUGACAGUGUAUUAAAGAAGUGGAAAGGUGAGAUUCAAGAGUUCUGUCCCAAUACUAAAAUGCUACUGGUUGGCUGCAAGUCUGACCUGCGUACCGAUCUCACUACUUUGGUUGAAUUGUCAAAUCACAGACAGACGCCAGUCACCUAUGAUCAGGGAUCCAAUAUGGCAAAGCAGAUUGGUGCACCAUAUAUUGAAUGCUCAGCUCUUCAGUCAGAGAACAGUGUAAGGGACAUUUUCCAUGUAGCCACAUUGGCAUGUGUGAACAAAACGAACAAAAAUGUUAAACGCAACAAGUCUGCUCGGGCAACAAAAAGAAUAUCGCACAUGCCGAGCAGGCCUGACUUGGCUGCUGUUGCCUCAGACCUGAGGAAGGACAAAGCAAAGAGUUGUACUGUAAUGUGAAAAAGCAGGACUGGCAAGGGGCUUUAUCACUUUUAUAGACAAGGGCAACUGGUGAAGAUUGAAGUGCAUGACCCUACAGAAGCGUUCAAGGGUUCAGAUGGCACUUUAAAGGAUGUUCUUCCCCUGAAAAGGUGUUCUCUGAACACUGAAGUGAGCUGGAGUGCUGGAUGACAUUAAAGUAGAAAUGUGUCCACAACUGGAAUAAAAACCAUGUCAAAAUGGAAAGAUGUGAAAGUCUUCAACCAGUAAAAUUGCCAGUGGGCACUGGAUAUUUUUUUUUUUUUCUGUGAUGUUGGUACUCUCCUAGACCUGACAGUUAUCUAUGAUCCUCUCCCCUUUCCUCAUUUAUUAAGGAAAUGACCUCAUUCUGUUCUUCCGGAUUUGUAAUGACACAGUAUGCGAGGAGCUGGGCAGGAAAGUCGAGGGCCAGUUUGUUUAGGAGGAAGUUUACAGGGAAGAGUUGUAUGUGGUUUAGCUUCCUGCAGGGAAUGAGAUGUCCUGCUGCUUUCUGUGAGGAUCAUUUCUGUAUGUGAAUGACUCCUCAGGGGUUAAACUGCUAUGCCCUAUAGCUACCAACAGUGUGUUAAAUAUUCAUUCAUUCAUUCAUAAAUAUAUACACAUGCUUAUUUUAAGGAUAGCAGACUACAUUUUAAUACUAAUGGCUCACUGUGGUUAAAGCUUAAAAAGCAUUGUUCAGGUUCUGUAUAAUUGUUCACCAUACUUAAAGCCUUUUGAGCGCCAUGUGUUUAUGUAUCUGUACACAAUGUUACAAUAUUUCACCCCAUUUGAAAAAUCCAUGAAGUGUUUACCUUCUGCCUCCAUUUUAUUUUUUUUGUAUUUCUUUGCCAAGUAACACUGGUUCUGAUGGCUUAACCAAAGAAAGCGGCCUUUGGCUUUAUAAUGCAGACUUAGACUGGUGUGCUUAUUGAAAGUUUGUUACAUGAAUAAAUGCCCAGAACUUUCCUGUGUGGAAAUCUUUAAGCUCCCAUGUUGGAGACACCUUUUAUAAAACUUCACUGAAGCAGGGGCCUACCUACAUGAACAUUUAUUUCCUCAACACAUAUGGUUCUGACUGGCAUAUUGUACAUUUUGGUCUUAAUGGAAAACGUAUGGAAAGAACCACAUACACAUGGUGUCUAUGUAUGUCCAUUCUUAGUGUCGGAUCUUUGUUUUAAGGUAUUUUCUUUUUUUUUGCCAGCUGAAUACAGCAGUAUGUGCAAGUAGUGUGUGUGCGUGCGUGCAUUUUUAGGCCUGUUGAAACAACAGGUGGGUAAACUACAAUGCUUCAUUUUUUUGAAGUGCUGAUUUGAGGGUAUUAAAUUUAAAAA